CUUGAUGUCAUUUGCGGUCGCUCCCACCCUAGGUAGUUAAUGGAGAGCAACCUCAAAACUUCCGCAAUCCUUUUCCCCAUCUCAUCACUUCACAAAUCGCGGAUUCUCUUGAGGAGAUAGCAUACAAUAUCUUUUGUUCGACAUGGCCAACCAAGAUAGUAUCGUUGGCGGAGUUACGCCAUCUAUCCAGAUCAACGAUGGCCCGCAGUACGGAGUUGACGAUCUGCGUGCGACCGACGAAAUCUCAGCCGUUACAUCCUGGAUCACUCCUGUGCUGCCACAUUUAGAGAGUAACAACACAGACAUUGACGAUGCCCAGGAACAUGUUGAAACAAGGCUUUGGGACAAUGCCAUCAGAUCUCCCUUCGCCUUGAAUAGUGACCCUGUGUUCUGGCCAUCGAAACUUAUCGAGCACUUGUUCGACAGAGAAGCAGUGCUCAGCCUUGUUGUGCACCUCUUCAGGCGAAAUGCACUCCCUGCAGCGUACAAUGCGGGGUCUGUUGACAGCAUCUAUCAAGAGUGGACCGAUAAGAUUUUCGGAAUCGAUGGUCGCCCAACGAGGUAUCGUCUCGUCUUCGCCAUCUUAGUUCUCAUGCAAAAGGCCUCCUGCAUACAGAGCUUCGUCAGUGAGAGUUUAGACGACAGUUGCCUGCCCCUUCAACUCGAUCAGAUCAAACAAUACCAGGGACAGAGGUCUAGGCAAUCAAACCGCCCGUUUGGAAGAUGGAGCCCCCUUCUCGUGGAUAACUUCUACAAUCUGCAGUGCCGGUUGUUUGUCCAGUUCAUUGCAAAAUCUCCACACAAGGGAGAGGUCGCUCAUUACAACUUCGAUGCGGCCCACGUACUUCCAUGGGUCAUGAUUUCCCAGCCGCUUUCGAUCACCACACCGACUGGGGCCGACGGAUCCACCUCAAUGAGCUUGAGUGGUGGGUUUGGAGAAGUGAAGCAAAUCGUCAUUCAUGGCUGGCAGCAUAACUUCCACCGGAGUCUCCGUGAGAUCUCCGCCGCUCCAGGGUGUUUUGCUCUCAAAAAACUGUACAUCCCGAAUAAACAAGAGUUCGACCAAGAGGUCGAGCACCUGAAGCGCUUUGGUGGGAGGCACCCCCACAUCGUCACGCUCCUCGCCACAUUCACGCGCCACACCAGCGGUGGUAUUGAGUACCUUCUCCUAUUCCCAUGGGCCGAAUGUGAUCUACUGGAGUUCUGGAGACGAAAUACAUCCAUCAAAAGAGACCACCAACUCUAUCUCUGGACAGUAAGCCAGAUCUGUGGCAUUGCCGAUGCACUAAGCUACAUUCACGACCCAAAUGACUUGGACCACCUGGAUGCCAAUGGUAAUCGUCUCUACGGGAGACAUGGGGACAUCAAGCCUGAGAACGUCUUGUGGUUCAAAUCCCAAGGCACUGGAAAUCUUGUGCUCUCGGAUCUUGGGCUCACACGGACACACAGACAAGAGAGUCGCUCCAAUCGACCGGGCGCAGAAAUACCUGUCUCUCCUAAUUAUAGACCCCCUGAGUGUGAUAUUGAAGGGAGGGAAGGUCGCAUAUCUAGAUCUUUCGACAUUUGGACUCUUGGAUGUCUUAUUCUCGAGUUCAUGGUGUGGUUUCUUGACGGCUGGGAAGGAUACGAGAGCUUCAAGCAAAGGCGCUUAUCACCAUACAUCAACAGCCACGAUACGCCCAUCUACUUCGAAAUUGUUCGGAUUUCUGAUGAGAACUUCGCUUUUAAUAUCAAACAAAGCGUUACAGAUGAAUUCGACCGACUACGGAGACACAAGCGGUGCUCACAGUUCAUCGGUGACUUGCUGGAUCUGGUCCAAACCAGGAUGUUGAUUGUUCAAUCAACGGAGCAGAAACGAAUUGCAGCAUCGGACUUGUGUCGAGAAUUGGGGGCUUUGCGCGACAACUGCUCUCGGAGGAGAUAUUAUUGCGUGCCGCCGGUUUCAUCAAUGGCGGCUAUCGAGGGUCAUGUGCCCGUCGAGGCUCGUCUCAAUAAAGUGGCGAAAAGACACAUCGCGGCUAUCAAUGUCAGUCAUUUUGAUGCGAUAAUCAUGGACUACAAGGGUCCAACACGAUCAGCUGCUGCUAGGUAAAGUGUAAAGUAGACACUUGGAAGUGGGGGGGAGUCACGAAUGAUGGGAACUUGGAAGCGCCACGUAGAAAUUAUGACCUCUAUUAUUGCAUGUUCUAAACGAUUGAAUUGUCUUUCCAUACUCUUUGCUCAAUGACGAGACGCGGUAUUGCAUUAAGAGAGUAUCAUUGAUU